AUGCCACAUUCUGUCGUCCCCGCUCGAUUGUCGACCUGCCUCGACAGCACGGUAUCUCCGGCCAUUCAAGUGCACCCGGCUGUCGCACCACCCGACGGCCCGUUUGUUCUGAUCCUGGACAACGCGUACCGACCGGAUGUCCGCAACAACGAGCGCUGCAUCCUCGACGACGUCGAGACAGCCGACAUUCUCUGGCGCCGCCUGAAUGGGUACCUGCCGUCCACCUUUGACGACCGUACUUUGGUUGGCAUCAACGAGCGACUUUGGUUUUUGCGCUACGACGUCGGCCACGAGUUCAAGCCCCACUACGACGGCACGUACGACCGUGGCAAUGGCGAGUACUCGGUGCUCACCAUUCAAGUGUACCUCAACAGCGUGGCUUCUGGUGGCGGCACGGGUCUCUGGCUCGACGACAAGAGCGACGUGCCAUUUCUUGUGGAGCCUCGGCCCGGGCGCGUCCUCAUCUUUGCGCACGAGCCGGUGUGCCACUCGGGCGAGCCCGUCCUCGACGGUCGAAAGUACGCCAUCCGAUCCGACAUCAUGUCCCGACCGCGUGCCGAUACCACAACUAUGUAAAUGCUAUAUUACAUAGUCGUUCGGGGACGAAG